GGCUCGGCACAUGUUGCUGGGGCCGCCUCGCCCAACGGGGCAGCAAAUCUGGGAGCGAAAGGGGAGGCUGGCCGCGGACUGAGCGGCUGGGGGGGGUGUUGCUGCUUCUCCCUUCCCGCCCAACGCACCUUUGGCCCUUUGCCUCGCUCAGGAGGGGGGUUGCGUUGACCCUGAGAUCUGAGAGUAGAAUGACUACCUGUAUUGUGACAGCAUCUAUAAGCCCCAGUCGCAAACAAGGCAAUUGCCGAAUGUCAUGGCUGACGACAAAGCUGGUCUCAAGGUCUCUAAAAAGGGAAGCUCGCAGUCUGGGAACUCCAGAGGGGAUGCCACAGAGCCCAGCACCCUGCUGCAGAAACUGAAGAGCACCAUCUCCAAAUCCGUGCAGAACAAAGUGGACAGCAUUCUGCAAGAUGUGCAGAAAUUUUCAGACAACGAUAAACUCUACCUGUACCUACAGCUGCCAUCCGGUCCGAGUUCUGGGGAAAAAAGCAGCCUGGACCUGAGCUCCUUGAGCACUGCUGAGCACAUGCAUGCGUGCAACUGGAUCCGGAAUCACCUGGAGGAACACAUGGACACCUGCCUGCCCAAGCAGGAUGUCUACGACACAUACAAGCGAUACUGUGAUAACCUAUGUUGUCACCCUCUGAGUGCCGCUAACUUUGGGAAGAUCAUCCGGGAGAUCUUCCCGAACAUCAAAGCCAGAAGACUGGGAGGACGAGGACAAUCGAAAUAUUGCUACAGCGGGAUCAGGAGGAAGACAGUGGUCAGCAUGCCACCCCUGCCCAGCCUGGACCUCAAAGUUAGCGAUACCUCAGAGCUGACAGACCUGGUGCAGUCGUACCAUGACGAGCUGGUGGACGCAGCCUGCGCUUUGACCUGCCACUGGGCUGAGAAGAUCCUCAAACGCUCCUUCAACAACAUUGUGGAGGUGGCUCAGUUCCUCAUCCAGCAGCACCUCAUCAGCUCGCGCUCCGACCGCGCUGACCUGGUCAUGGCCAUGGUGGUCUCAGAAAGUUCAGAAAAUAUCCACCGAGACACUCGACCGCCACAGACUGCCAAGAAGAAUGGGUUGGAAACAUCGGACAGCACUGUCAAAACCCAGCUGCAGAACAAAAAGGAGAAUAACUCGAAACCCUCCGUCCCGCCCCGAGCUGAGAGGAAGAAAACCCCAGAGACCUCUAAGCCGGUGAGCAGCCCCCAAGUCAAUGCCCUGAUGGCUCGCCUGCCUUUCCUCCUGCCUCGCAUCCAGGCCAGCGAGAGACUGAUGCCGCCGGGUGCCCAGGCCGUGCGCUCCUCCCCUCCCAUCCUGGCGCCCAAGAUCACGGCCACACCUAUUGGUGGCACAGUCAAGGUGGCUGCCCUGCCGCUGCCGGUGGGCACUGCCUCCUCCCUGCCCAUCAAUCUGGCACCGGGCGUGAAUGGGGCGGCGGGUCUGGUCAGCCAGCAAGCGGCAGUGCCGGUGAUCAACAUGAUCCUGCCCAACGUGCCAACCGGCAUGGGCAUCCCCGUGGCCGAAAUUCCAGCCAACCCCAAGAUUGCAGCCGGCGGCGGCAGCGAAGGGCACAGCCCCGCCAAGAGCAGUGAGGGGCCAGCUGGCAGCCAGCGGGAGGCACAGGGAGCCAAAGGGGCCAAACGCCCCCCGGAAUUGCAUGGCGAGGCUUCCAACGUCAAGAGAAAGCGCGGUCGGCCCCGGAAGAGGCUGGAGGAGGCGGAGGCCUGUUUGCUGGAUAAAUGCAGCAGCACGGAGGAGGCGGGUGCCCCUGAGACUGGAGGAGGGGGUGACGCCAGCCAAGAGGAUAGCACAUCACGGGGCUCAUUCAUUUCGGGCAGGAAUGGAGGGUCACCCAGCCUGUGUCCCAGAGAACCAGGAGGACUCUGUGUGGGAGGCCCAGACAGCCGGGCUAAGGGAGCGUUGCUCGGUGCUGACCGAGUCACGGGUACCUCCCAGGUGAGCGUCAUCCAGGAUGGCCGGUUCAGUGAUCAGAGUCAGGUGAAAGCUGGCGCCCAGGAGCUGGAGGAUGAUUUGCAGGUGCAGAUGAACCUAGGCGAGGCUGGGCCAGCAGUGGCAGGGGGGGCUUUGGCUUCUGUACCACGAUCCCUAGGCUCCCAGGAAGGGAGACCUCACUCCUGCUCUCCCUUGGGAGACACCAAACCGGAGAGCAUGGAAAAAAGCCCAGCCUUGCUGCUGCUAUCAGCGAUUUCUGCCCCCAGUGACUGCGCUCGGCAGUCCGACUCCAGGAGCUCUCCCGAUUUGCUUUGUGACGUGUCUGGCUCGGAGGAGUCGUCGCCGGUGGCAUCGGGUUUGUGCUCUGCCGGCGCUAGAGAGGACAAAGCCCCUAUGCGCCAGCGCAGCCCUGCUUCCCAAAGGCUCCCCAGCCCCCAGUCUGCAGCAGAUCGCCCCUGAGCACGCCCUGUGCAGCGCCCCUGCCACAGCAAGCCGAACUCGUUGUCUGCCCACGUCCAGGUUCGCAGCCAGGAGUUGGCGCUCUGCCACAACCGGAUGCCUCGUGGGGAAGAUUUAAAAAUGAUAUUCAUUUGCUAACUGCCUCCAUCCCUUCCCAAGGCUGCAGAGUAACACCCCUCCUCCUUAUUCCCUCCCCCUCUCCCGCCGUUGCCAUGCAAUUAAAUAAAGCCAAUCAUUGCC